CCUCUUUGCCUCUUCAACUUGGCGCUUCCCGUCCAGACUCGGGUUUGACUGUCUGUCCGUGUGCUGAAAGAGUCCAAAUCCAAACUUUGUCUGCGUCUGGCGUCCAGGGAACACUUGAGCGACAAGAGCGUCAAAAUCGACCUCGCAGUUCUUGUGUAAGAAGUGGAUUUUUCUGUCAGGCGCGCGCCUCUGAAACUUUACUGUUAACCCGAGUUGGACAAAGAAAGAUGGCAGACAACGAGGAGCAGCAAGUGUCGUCCAGCUCGGCUCUCUUCAGCGACGAGAUCCACCACUAUCGGGCCGAGCCCGAACUUUACACCGGCGUGCCGCUGGAUCAACAGCCCAAGCAGGACCUCUUCAACCUGGACGACAUCGUGGACUUAGUCGGCGGAGCCCAGGUCGCCCUGGAGCGGCACAUGGCUGAAGAUGGUGAGACUCACUGGUUCACGGAAACCCCUGAAGAGGAGCCCGCCUCACUGGACCCGCAGCCGGAACCGGUGCCGCAAGUGAGGGACGAAGAAGGGGAGGAGGAGGAGGAGGAUGAUGAUGGGGAGAAAUCAAUGCCAGACUCCAGCUUCCCUCGCACGCCUUCAGCUCCCGAGGCCAGUGGUGAAGCGGAGCCACAGGUUUGUCCAGAGAGCGACGCCCACCCCGCGGCGGCUCCAGCCCAGCCAGUAGCGCCAUCCCCCGCACACGCAGCGCAGCCAGCGUCCCACACACAGCCAGCUCCGACAUCUUAUGCUUCUUCUGCUCCUCCUAAGCCUCAGCCUCUGAUGCAAUUCCCUACAGAACUUGGGCAGAAGGGUGAUUCCCCUGCUCCCAUCUCCCCUCUCCACUCCCCCGAUUCCCUGGAAGAGCUCUCUUUGACCGAGAGCCCCAAGCAACCCCAUCUUCCAGGAUCUGCUGUACCCCAAGGCUCCUUGUCUGCUCAGGCCAAGAAAAUGCCCCAGGAUGAUGACGACAAAGACCCUGGACCCGGGCAUAGUCGGAAUAGGGGUGAACAAAGUCAGUUAACUGGUCCUUACCUGAGCUUAGGUAAAGAGCCGGGGCCUCACGUUCCAUGUGAAGACAGCGGCGUGUCUUUCUCCCCUGAGGAGAAGCAUCCUAGUUCGCAAGCCUCCCCUGUGACCCCCCAGACAGUUGCCAAGUCUCACAUUGCUUCCUCUAACCCAACAGAGCACUGGGAUACACCAUUCCAAGCAUCGCACGACAACUCUAAGGUCUCUAUGGAUUCCUUUUCCAAGGAAGCCGCCACCAUUGGCUCCUCCGCAUACGAGCAAGAGCUGCGUUGCAACUCUUCAGAUGAAGAUGACGACUUGAUGUUGGAAGGGAAGAAGAAUAACCCGUUUGAGGGCUUUCCCCCGCUGUUAGACAGUGGCUCCUGCAACUUUAGGGAAUCCAAAGCUGACACCAAGGCCACGAAAGUGUCAGAGAUUCCCACUCCAGAUCUUGUCCAUUACAGACAACCUGAAGAACUCCAGGAUAGACCGCCGUCAUUCUUCGAUGAGGGGAAAACAUUUGAGACGGGCAUGAAGACCAUUGAUUCCCUCAUGCGGCCAGUGGACCAUUUCUCGUCAGGUCUGGAAGAGGAAGAUGAUGAAGAAGAGGAGGAAGAGGAUGGCACUCUGCCGCUGUCGCUUCCAGACAUCCUGAAGUCUUCCCCACUCAACCCUGACAAACUGGACUCUGGCUCCUCUGAGGGAAGCCCAGAGGAACAGAGCCCCAUUCUUGAGCGUAGGAUGAUGGAGUCACCCAAUCCCCCAAUCAACCUGUCUGCUAAAAACCCCUUUGCUCUGGAGGCUAAAGUGUCUCUGCUUAAGGAGAUGGCGGAUGAGAUGGAUGUGAAAGUGUCAGACAAAGCAAAAGAUGAUGACCUGAAAGGUUUUGGUGCGUUUGAUUUUGUCAAAGAGGCUGAGGAAACAUCCCCAGUGAAAGUAGAACAACCUAUUAAAGUUGAGCAGGAAGAUUGCUUCUCAAGUCACGUUUCUCCCAAGAUGACGGAAAUGUUUGAGCGUCUCGACUUUGAAAGCGCGAAAGCCCGCGUUGAAGAUUCCGAUUCGGAGUCGCCAACCGCAGAUUCUCUGUCUCCAGUCCUGGACGCCAUGGCCAAGAACCCUGCCGGCUUCCAGGUGGAGAAGAGCAAUACCGGCAUGGAGGUGGAGGAGCCCGAGGUGGCUGAAGAGGUUUCUGAGCACGAGGUGUCAUCUGAAGAAUUUGAGUUCAUUGAGAGACCACCCAAGGGAGUCAUUGAUGAGUUUCUUGAGGCUCUUGAGACUUCCACGUUGGCCGUCCCCAAUGCCCCAGAGAUCCCCAUGGAUGAGGAUGUGAGCUCACUUUGUGCAUCUGCGCCAGUUCUUCCCGAAACGGUCGCAGGAGCUCAGAGUCCGAGCUCGUACCGACUCCUAACCCAGUCCGCUUCUCAGAAGAGCAAGACCGAGCUGGACAAACUCAGUGUUCAGGAGCUGCCAGCCCAAACCAAGCCCGUCCAUUCCGCUCUUGUUAAACCGGAAGAGGCGAUGCCACAGAAGAGUGCGGAGGGCAGCAAACCUUUCAAGAUGCCAAGCGUGAACAUCUCGGCAGUGGUGGAUCUGGUGUACUGGCGCGAUGUGAAGACAACGGGUGCGGUGUUCGGCGCGGCGCUGCUGCUGCUGCUGUCACUGACCGUGUGCAGCAUCGUCAGUGUGUUCUCCUACAUUGGCCUGGCGCUGCUCUCCGUCACAGUCUGCUUCCGCAUCUACAAAGGUGUCCUUCAGGCCAUCCAGAAGUCCGACGAGGGACACCCCUUCAAGCAGUUCCUGGAGCGCGAGGUGGCGCUGCCCGAGGACACGGUGCACAAGUACGGUGACGUCCUCCUGGAGAAAAUCAACCAGACAGUCGGCGAGCUGAGGCGUCUCUUCCUGGUCGAGGACCUGGUGGACUCCAUCAAGUUUGCUGUGCUGAUGUGGAUCCUGACCUACGUGGGCGCUUUGUUCAACGGACUCACGCUGGUCAUUCUGGCUGUUAUUGGAGCCUUCAGCUGUCCGAUCAUCUACGAAAAACACCAGGCUAAGAUUGAUCACUACCUGGCGCUCGUCAACAACCAAAUCAAAGGCAUCGUUGGAAAGAUCCAGGCCAAAGUUCCUGGGAUGAAACGUAAAGCUGAGUGACAGGAAGGAGAAGCAGGAAAGUGCGGAGAGGAGGCUGCUGGAUGGGUGGCAGGACAGAAAAU